CGUGUGCCAACCCGUAUCUAAGUCGAGACUUGUUUGGUACCCUACGGAAGGGUAGGUGCCUAGUAGGUAGGUAGGUGUGCAACCGUGGAUGUGAUACUAAUCAAGCCGUUGACCUCUGCGGCAUUUUUUUGUCUGGCUUGGUUUUGGGGGUCAGCAGCGAAAAGAACCGGCCGAGUCAGUGUCAAGUGUCAGCAAAGAAAGGGAGGGUUUCCCCUAAGUAGAGGACAACGACGACUGCACUGCCUGGUUGCCUUAGUGGGUGUUGACUCUUUAACCUUAUUCUCAUGGUCAGCUCCAGUCCUGACUCGGAUCGUAGCAGUUCGGUCCACGGAUAAUACAGUGGUACAGUAUGUAUACAUCCUCCCUGCCUGUCUGCCUAAUUGCCAGCCUGCCGGGCAUGCUUGCACGAUUUCGAUCAGUUUAGACCAGAUCCAUAUUCGCCAACAACCGAUCCUGUGUACAGAUACAUUCAGUUCCCUCCAAACAGUCGUUCCAUCCUAUCUUGUCGGAAAACUAGGAACAAUAGGCAAUGGUCCAUUUAAUCUUAGCGGGCGCCACCGGCCUCGUCGGCUCCAGUGUUCUCUCACACGUCCUCUCCCUGCCGACAGGAGGGAACAUCACCCGUCUGAGCAUAUUGACCCGCAACUCGACAAUACCACUGCUCGCCAACCCGCCACCACCAGGAACGCCCAAUGCCAAUCGCACCACGGAGAUCGAAGUCAUCCAACACGGCGAUUUUGCACGGUAUCCGCCGGACCUACUGGCGCGGCUGGAGGGAGCCGACGCAUGUAUUUGGGCGUUAGGGGUUAGUCAGAUGGACGUGGAUAGGGAGACGUAUGUUCGGAUCACGCGCGACUUUGCUCUCGAGGCGGCGAGGGCGUUUUCAGGGUUGAGAAGGUCGAAGAGCAGUACCGGUGACCAUGGCCAAGGCAGCGCGGUUCUUGACACAAAUGGUCCCAACUCGCAAACAUCACAACCGUUGCCGCAGCAGAGUCACGGUGAUACAGAUGACGACAAGUCCAAGUUCAAGUUCAUCUAUGUCUCGGGUCGAGGAGCCACAACACAGAAUCCCAAACCGUGGACGCCGUUAUUCGCCCACGUCAAAGGCGAGACCGAAGCAGCCCUGCUCGCUCUGUCCAAAACAGAGCCUUAUGCAUCCUCGCUCGCGGUAUACUCGGUCCGUCCGGCCGCGGUGGAUGGAUAUAACCAGCCCUGGCUCUGGCGGGAGAUUCUGUCGACGCACCGCACCGCGUUGCAGCGCAUUUACUUGUCAGCGGCUAUGGUGCCGCUCCGUUGGGCGACUCGGAUCGGUUUGGCGCGUGGCUUGCAUAGUCCAACGGAAGAGUUGGGCAGAGUCUUGGUCGAGAUGGCUGUGGACGACAGUAGAGGGCCGUAUAGGGGUUCGGAGCCCGACGUGACCGGGGAAGGGAGAAUUUUGGAGAAUAGUGUUGUGCGCCGGAUGGCGAAGAUUCAUAGGGAGGAAUAGCCAGAAGAUUUGCUAGGAUAAUCUUUCUUUGUGGCUGAACUCGCCUUGUUCACGGGUUCUGGGGACGAGAUCUUGAUCUCUAUAUGCCCGCCAUGUCCAAGCUCACGUAUUCGUGCGUGCAUGGCAACACUUGCGGACAUUAUCAUGCAUCCGCUGCAUCUGAUAUCGAGUGCAUGGCCAGAUCGAUCGUGAUUGCUUCAUAACCCCCACAACAGGCACACUCAGUAGUGAUUCUCGGCGCUGCUUGAACCCAUAUAAACUCCCUCGGUGGAGUUGACUCGAGACGGUUUAUUCACGACAUGCCCAGGCCAAAUAGCACAGCAGCAAGCGUGACGCAAACGGC